GGAUUGGGUUGAUCGGUAGUUCACCGGUUCUCUUGGGAUAUUUCAAUGGAGCUUUGCCUUCACUCUCCCGACGCUACAGUUUUCCGUUGCUUCUCAACUUCCUUUACCUCCAAAGUUAUUUCAAUGGCUUCCGUGAGCUCCACUCCUUAUUUCAUCUCUUCUUCUCAUUCGCGGUCACUUAAGCGGACUUCCACCCAGUCCUCCGACGCACUACAGAGAGAUCCGAAGAAGGGUCUGUCUCGGAUUCUGAGGAGAGAUGCUGCUAUUAAAGCUAUAGAGAGGAAAGCCAACUCCAAGAAAUAUAAUAAUCUUUGGCCCAAAGCUGUUUUGGAGGCUCUCGAUGAAGCUAUUCAGGAGAAUCUAUGGGAAACUGCUCUUAAGAUUUUUGGAUUACUUCGCCAGCAACAAUGGUAUGAACCGAGAUGCCAAACAUACACAAAAUUGUUGAUGCUUCUUGGUAAGUGCAAGCAACCCGAGCAAGCAAGUUUGCUCUUUGAGAUUAUGUUUUCUGAGGGGUUGAAACCUUCUAUUGAUGUUUAUACUGCUCUUGUUAGUGCUUAUGGUCAAAGUGGCCUCCUUCACAAGGCCAUUUCAACAGUCGAUGAAAUGAAAUCGAUUUCUGACUGCAAGCCAGAUGUACAUACAUAUUCAAUUCUCAUUGAUUGUUGCACAAGACUCCGUCGUUUUGAUCUUCUGAAGAAGAUACUGGCUGAUAUGUCCUGUCUGGGGAUCACAUGUAAUACGGUCACUUACAAUACUAUUAUUAAUGGAUUUGGAAAGGCUAAAAUGUUUGAGCAAAUGGAAAGCUUGUUACUUGAAAUGAUUGAAAGUGAUAGCUGCCCUCCAGAUUUGAUUACAUUCAAUACUUUUAUCAGAGCUUACGGAAAUAGUGAGCAGAUUGAGAAGAUGGAGAAGUGGUAUAAGGAAUUUCAGCUGAUGGGAAUCGAGCCAGACAUUUGGACAUACAAUUCUAUGAUCAGCUCAUAUGGGAAAGCUGGAAUGUAUGACAAGAUGAAAUCUGUUUUGAAUUUCAUGGAAAAACGCUUUUUCUCUCCAACAAUUGUUACUAUGAAUACAAUUAUUGAUUCUUUUGGAAGAGCUGGAAAUAUUGAGGAGAUGGAAGAAUACUUCAAAAAUAUGAAAUUUCAGGGAAUGAAGCCUAACUCUGUGACUUACUGUUCCCUCGUAAAUGCAUAUGGUAAAUCUGGUGAUCUUGAGAAAGUUGAUUCGAUUUUGAGGCAAAUAGAAAAUUCUGAUGUGGUACCAGAUACCCCUCUUUUUAACUGCCUUAUCAAUGUGUAUGGCCAGGCUGGUAAUGUGAGAAAAAUGGGAGAGUUGUUCUUGGAAAUGAAAGAGAAUAAAUGUGUGCCUGAUGGUAUUACAUUUGCUACAAUGAUUCGAGCCUUAAAAGCACAAGGCAUGACCGAGGAUGCUCAAAGAUUGGAAAAUAAGUUGAUUGCCACUAACGACGGCGAGUGAAACCUGGCUUGACAAGGACCCAUUACUAAAACGUUUCAGUAGUGUGGAAGAAUGUAGAUCCAUAUGGGGGCAUGGCUUUUCAAGGGACCUAUGUCUUCAUUAGUGCAAGGCAUUCUUCUCAAUUCUUCAGGUUCACUGUAGAUCACAUUUUAUAAAAAAAUGUCUCGUGAUGGGGCAGUGACUAGACUGUAUCUUUCAUUACAAGUAAAGUUUCUUGAUGAAGAAAAUGUGCUCUUGACCAAUGUCCCCACCCACCAUAAGCUUAAUGGGACUACUGUUUCUUCUCAAGGCAACCAACCCUUGGCAACAAACCUUCAUGUAUGGUAUUUUCAGAGCUAAUCUGAAUAUCAGAAUUGAUUUCUGCUAGAGGAGCUCUAGCUCUCUAGCAUAUGGCUUGCAACGCCUGGAAUUGGACUACAGCUCAACUCGAGAUGCUUCUCAUACUGUUAUACCGUGGCCCGUCACAUUACCAUAAUCUUCUUGUAUCUUUCAUUGUGAGUGUUUAACUGUAGCCAGUUGCCCUAUUGCAUGAUCUUCUGGUAUCUUUCACUGUGAUCCUGGUUGUGCUUACCUAAAACUUGUCCAUUGACCUUCUUCCAGCUAUGUUCCCUACUUUACAGCUGCCUAUAAAAGAUAGAGCGAUUUAUAUUCUGGAGGAAAUCUAGGAUUUAUCAGUCUUCUUAUAUGAAAUAAUCCAUCGUUUGCUUGUCAGCUUUCAAACAUCAAAAUAAUGGCUCUUAUCAUGUUGGCAUAUUUUGCUGUUAGUUGCAUUUUGUGUCUUCUAAUUGAAUACAUGUCUUGAUAAGAUUCUUUGUACGACGGAGAUGAAGAAUACAUUAUCUUCUAACCCCAAUACUCGCUUUCGAAGACGAGACAUUCUUUUCUUCCAUGAAGCUUGGAUACUCUCAUUUGAGAAACUUAUGUACUUGUUUUUUGUUCCGUUAACAAGAACGGAAGUGAUUAAAGUUUUUCUCUUAUUUCCAUGUAAUCUAAGAUUGGGCAUAUUUUCAACUUUUCGUUGUGUUAUAUUUUCCUGUUACAUGUAA